CGCGUAUGGGAAGAUUUAGAGGGUGGUGAUGUUUUGCCGAGGUUCACAUUGGAAGUGCGGAUGAUUGAGAAAGCAAUUUCACAGGAAUCUUCCGAAACAUCAUCAGAGAAUGAAGAAUUGCAAAUUGAUUGCCCUCUAUGUGACGCAACUUUCUCUGAUCAUUACGCUUUCACGAAACAUUAUACAAAUGAGCAUGCUCGUAAGCUGCGUAAUGAUACGAUCGAUCCCAAUACGGGAAAUAUGAAUCCACCCUCUUAUUUUGAUGCUACAAAUGGUCAACAACCACCAGCAAACGUGGAGGCAGAAGUGAUGGAGAUCUUAAAUUGGAACCGUUUCGGCAGGAGAAUGUUGAUAAAUGCAGGAUAUAGUAUAUCAAGAGCAAGUGCUAACAUUGCAAGUUAUAAAUCUAACGGAGUAGAAGCUAGAUUAGGACUUGGCAUUUCUAGGUUUAGCAUAGGAGAGAAAUUUGAAGUUAAUACUCC